CGAAGCUGUCAUGGCGAUGUAAACACUAAACUCACUCCUGGGAGGCUGAUAGCUGGCAAGCACGAGGGACAGCUGCGAUGAGUAAAGCAUGCUAAACCAAUUGUAGCUUAUCUGGAUGGCUCUCAAAACCUCCAUAGUCCUCAUACACAUUAUAUAGGAUCUUCUACCACUGGACAGGUAACUCAGGAGGUUUUGAUUGGUUGACCGGUUUAUGAGCAGCACAUGGUAGUGACAUUGUAGCAAAUAUAGCCCUAUCAAAUCCCCAACACUGCCAUCUGUGAUCCGUGUGGUGCAGAGUUCGAGGAGGUAUGAUGGGCAGGCUGGCUUGUCCCACGUCCUGCAGGAGUGAAUUACCAGUUAUGUAUUUUCCUUGUGUGUACCAAAUCCUUGGCAAGAACAGGAACUAGUAAUUUUCGUGCACCGUGAAAAAUAUGAAAGACUCAUAUUAAGACUGCACACAAUACGCAAGGCAGCAAUAUCCCCCGGGUAAUUAGGCAUGAUAUAGCCAUAUUUCAUUGUGAUUACAGUUGAGCAUGUGAUUAUUAUGAUCACAAAAACGAGUGCAACAGAGCGUUUGGUGAGGAUAGCGUGGCACCACUUGACAUCACAUUCCAUGAAAGUGCAAAAGUGCAACAUGAGUGGCCAGUAUAGAGGGAAGGUGAUUGUGGCACCCAUGGUGAGGGUGUGCACUCUGCCUUUUAGACUGCUAACCAUUGAUUAUGGCACUGAUCUGGUCUACACAGAGGAAACAAUUGAUUACAAGAUGUUGCGGUCUAUUAAAAGGCAAAAUGAUGUGUUGGGCACGGUUGAUUUUAUUGAUAAAUCAGAUGGAACAGUAUUUUUCCGAACAUGCGAAAGGGAACGCAGCAAAGUGAUUUUUCAGAUUGGUACAAAUGAUGCCCAGAGAGCACUCAAAGUGGGGAAGAUGGUGGAACCAUUUGUGGCGGGAUUGGAUGUCAACAUGGGCUGCCCCAAAGAGUUUAGUCUGAAGGGAGGCAUGGGAGCAGCACUUCUUACUCAGCCAGAUAAGAUCAAGUCUAUACUGACUACACUUGUUCAAGGCCUCACCAUACCAGUAACUUGUAAGAUCAGAAUUCUGGACUCUAUUUCGGAAACUUUGGAGCUGUGCAAACUGAUAGAGGAGUGUGGUGUGGCAGCCAUUGGAGUCCAUGGCCGCACCAGGCAGGAGAGGCCACGCCAUCCCAAUCACAAUGAUGUCAUCAAAGAGAUAGCAAAUGUUCUUACCAUACCAGUAAUUGCAAAUGGUGGUUCAAGAGAAAUUUCAAGACAUGAUGAUAUAAAAAAAUUUCAGCAAGACACAGGAGCAUCUAGUGUGAUGAUUGCUAGAGCAGCCAUGUGGAACUGCUCUAUCCUGAGGCCUGAGGGAUUUCUUCCUUUGGAUACAGUGAUAGAACAAUACUUGAGGUACUGUAUUCAGUAUGACAACCCAUUCACAUACAGUAAAUACACAGUUCAGAACAUGCUGAGGGAGCUUCAGGACACACCUCGUGGCAAGGCCUUCCUGGAGACUCAAACUUUGCAAGAAAUCAGUAUAAUCUGGGGCUUGGAGGAUUAUUUUAAAUCACAGCUGGCCAAGCAAAAUGAAGGGAGAAAAACCCUAAACUUUGAGAUGAGUGAAGGUAAAACAGCAAUGCCACCCAGUGCUGACCAUGUCAAGAUAGUGGAACGAGAAGAAAAUGGACAGAAAGUAGUGGAGAUGCCCAUUCAGUUCAUACGAGGAAAUUUUCAUAAUGCUGACCUACCAAAGAUGCUUCUAAAUACCCAUGUGUUUCGCAACCAGUUGAAAGGACCCAAAUACAGUCACGUUGUUGUUGAUAAGUUCUUCAGUGCCUCAGUUACUGUUGAUGGUGUCAAGUACAUCUCAACUCUCAGAGAGAAAAGCAAGAGGUAUUCAGAACAAGGUGCAGCCAUCGUCUUUCUGCAUGCAAUGGGACUUGUUAAUAAAACUUAUGGAUUUGUUCCUCCUGAAGGUGCCCGAAAAUAUCUUACUGAAGUCACCAGACAGACAGCUAAGAAAGAUGUCAUAUCUAAUGAGACCAUAAGGAAUAAUGACACAAGAUUAGAAAAUGAAGACACAGAUUGUAAGAAAAGACGCCUUGAAGAUGACAAUCCUUCAGUGUCCUUAAAUCAGCAAGAAACUUCACAAGAAACAGAUACUUCCAGAAACACUAAUAAAAGCAGCAUUAUAGAUGGAGCAUCUUGACAAAAAUCACAUUCAAAGAGUGAUGUUUUUAAACAAAAAUUAUGAAUUAAUGAAUUUCACUUAAAUGACAUAUAAAGACACAUUAAUCUUUUGAUUAUCAAUCUUCCUUAUCUUAUUUACUGUUUUCUGACUAUUGAUAGAUGACAUUUUGUAAUCUAGACAUUUUGUGAUAUUAAAUCAUCUUCAUGAGUAAAAUAUGUGCUACAAAUAGUUUUCUAAUAAUAUAUUGUUUGCCAAUGAAAAAAAAAAAUCAACUUUAAUAUUGAAACA